GGCACCGGAAGUAGUUUUAUUGUGCCUUACUGUAGUAUACCGUAAAGCCUGGGCGUUAAGUGUGUGCUAACGGUGUCAUAACAUGGGAUUGAUCCGAAAACUGAACGGCAUGUAAAGGUAAUCCAGGAAGCUGGGUCUCGGGUCAGUGUCGUCGCUCCCUCGGUGGACACAGGAGUCCCGCUCUUUGGCAGAGAAACUCUGGUAUGGACCUCUGUCCACAACAACCGGCGCCGCUGUUUACAUUCGGCGUAAUCGCUGACAUUCAGUACGCUGACAUUGAUGACGGAUUCAAUUUCUCCCGGACAAGGAAGCGGUACUACCGGAGCAGCCUGAAGCUGCUGCAGAACGCCUUGGAAAGUUGGUCCGACUCGGCUGUCAAGCCCGAUUUCAUCCUCCAGCUCGGGGACGUGAUCGACGGCUUCAACAAGCCCAACGGCGCCUCGCAGCGAGCGCUGGACACGGUGAUGCGGGAGUUCGCCUCCUGCCCCGUCAAGGUGCACCACGUGUGGGGCAACCAUGAGUUUUAUAACUUUAGCAGGAGCCAGCUGAUGGGGUCGCCACUGGACAGCAGCCUGAACGCGGACUGGAGACCGAAGCAGAGUGACAUCUAUGCCUACAAGUUUAGCCCGUUCCCCGGGUUUGUAUUUGUUGUUCUGGAUGCCUAUGACGUGAGCCUGCUGGGUAUACCGGAGUCCAGUGAACGGUAUAACAAGGCCAUGAAUCUGAUUAAGCUGCACAACAACAACGAGGACCUCAACUGUCCGCCAGAGUUGCAGUGCCACAGUCGGUUUACGAUGUUCAACGGCGGGUUCAGCCAGGAACAGCUGGACUGGCUGGACUUGGUGCUGUCUGUGGCGGAUGAGAAACAAGAAAAAGUUACUCUUGUCAGUCACAUUCCAGUGCACUCCGGUACCACGGAUUAUGUCUGCCUCGCGUGGAACCAAGAGGAACUCCUGGCCAUCAUUCGCUCCCACAGCUGCGUGGUGUGUUAUAUGGCUGGCCACGCCCACGACGGCGGCUACUGCCUGGACACAGGCGCGCACCACCUGACGCUGGACGGGGUGAUCGAGACCCGACCCGACAGCGACGCCUACGCCACGGUCUCCGUCUACCCGGACAGGAUGGAGCUGACGGGGAGCGGCAGGGUCAUGGACCGGGUGUUUCUGUUUUCCUGAUGACUCGGCCUAUAUGGGAGGAACUGUGACGUCAUUAAAAUGUUCCGCACAUUUUCUGACGGAUUUUCUGGGUCACUUUAAUUGACGAGAUGUACGUCUCAUAGCGGAAGACCGACAAAUGAAGUGGAAAAGACGCAGUGUCUCCCAAAAUGUCUUGUACUUGAAUUUGAAUCGAAAAUAAUUAUGUUUGGACAUUUAUUUAUAUAGGAAUAUUUUUAAGAAAUUCAUGAUGGUUGCUGCUGUUGGUUUGUAUCCCACUUUACAGAACUGAGGUUCUACUAAUGAGUUGUUAUUCACUGACUUAAACUCAGAUCUCUUCGAAUUUACUCUGGAAAUCCAUGACUAUAAUAAUAAACAAAAAACAUUUAUAUAAUAAGUGUUCAGUUGAAUGGAGGCAGUGUGUGAUGCAUUCUCUUGAAUUUGCUUGCAUAACUUUUUUUAUAUGAGUGGGAGGUUGAGGUGUGCAUCAACAGUGUGUUUAUGUAUUUUGUAUUUCCUUUCUUUGCAUUUAUGGGUGUAAAAAGAGUGACCUUUUAAAUGUAACUUUAAAACAUGUAUUAAUUCACUUUAAGUGGUGGGCUUCAGUAAUUUGAUGGAGGUAAAAAAAUUCACACUACUAUGUUUGCAGUUUAUUACAAGUAUGUAUUAGAGUAACUCAAAUAACUUUUGCUAAGAAAUUUACAUUUAAAAAACUAUGUAUGUUAUUUUCACAUUUUAGAAGGAAACCUGCAGAGCUUCUACAUACUCAAAGGUUAUAAAUAGUUUUUCCAGAACUUCUAAGUGGCAAAAUGAAUUGUUUUGGGGUAUAUAUUG